AUGUCCAGCUUGCUUGAGGAAGAGCCAGAAAGGCAGCAUGAGUGUGGACACUCCUGCACCGUUGCCCCGCUGGCUGGCCGGGUCACGUGCCGUAGGCGGGCGCCCCCUGGCGCGGGGAGGGAAGUGCGGCGGCGGCGGCGGGAGCGCGGGGAGCCGGGCCGCGCCUCCUUGUACUUAGGCGGGAGCAUCCCCGGCGGACGCGAGGACCGGGAGCUGUACGGGCGGAUCGUGUCGCGGCUGCGGCGCUUUGGGGCGGAGCUCACCGAGCACGUGGAGGCCACCGAUCGGGGCGCGCGCGGGGAAAAGGCUGCUGGGGGCGACAGGCUCAUCCAUGAGCAGGACCUGGCCUGGCUGCAGCAGGCAAAGGAAGUGGCCCAGCCCCCUCUGGGUAUAGGCUACGAGCUGGGCCGGGCCGUGGCCCGCAAUAAACCAGUCCUGUGUCUGUUGCACCCGCAGUCUGGCCGAGUGCUCUCAGCCACAAUCCGGGGAGCAGCCGACGGCUCGCAGGUCCAGGUGUGGGGCUACAAGGCGGCAGAGGCAGCGGCCGUGCUGGAUGGGUACUUUGCGACGGAUCCUCCUGAGCGGUGGCUGCUCCCCUGA